CCUGCAUCAUGUUAAAUCUCCAAAAGGCUUCGGUUCAUGAUGUCAGCAGGUUCACACUCUGCCUCGGCAGCGGGCCUAUACAGAUAUGGACGGCUGCCCGGCUCCACUGUUCGUCAUCGCGUUCUUCCCAGCGUCCUCCUGCGUAUGCAUGUAUGCGACCGACGGGCUGAUUUCAUAACGCGGGGAGGAAGAGAGGAAUGGGGCUUUGAGAACGGAUGAGCACCAGACCCGCAUCAUCGCCGUGACGGCCAGAGAGAUCGACAUCAAGCUCCGGAGCCAGGGACACCGCAGAGCGGACAACAGAGGAUGGAGUUCAAGCAUCUGGUGGAGGCGGCGGAGAAGUGGUGCUCCGGUAACCCGUUCGACCUCAUCUUCGCCGAGGAGGACGACGAGAGGCGGCUGGACUUUUACGCAGAGCCCGGCGUCUCCUUCUACGUGCUGUGUCCCGGCGGCACCGACAAUUUCCAUGUGUGGAGUGAGAGUGAGGACUGCCUUCCCUUCCUCCAGCUGGCCCAGGACUACAUCUCCUCAUGCGGGAAGAAGACUCUGCUGGAGGUCCUGGAGAAGGUCUUCACGUCCUUCAGGCCUCUGCUGGGUCUUCCAGACUUAGAAGACGACAGUUUCGAGCAUUACCACGCUGACAUGGAGGGGGAACCAGGGCCCGACCACCAGCAGAUGGGGGUCAGCCAGCAGUGAUAAGCCCCAAGACGAGGUCUGCAGCUGGGGCGGAGCUGCCCUGAAGCUCUGGGCCUCAACUUGUCUGCCCAAACACUUAACAACACACUCUUAUCCAAACACACACACGCACGCACAUACACACACACACACACACACACACACACACACACACACACACACACACACACUUACAGUCAACUCGCUAAAAAUGCACCACCAUGUUCUUGAAUGUCUCAGUGGCUUUGCUUCCCAAAGAGUGCACUCUGUUGCACUGUGUCGACCCCCCCCAAACCAAACACACAUACAUACACACACACACACACUCAUAUACAUACAUGCACACACACACACACGCACACACUCAAAAUCACAUUGGGGCUACGUGAGCAGUGGCCAUGUACAAUGCAAGUAUCUUAAUCAUUCACCAUCUGGUUAGUUAAAGUUCCACAGCACAGCAAUAUUACAUCAGCCUCAGCUGGCUUUGUUAUGCAGAAAUACAGUCAGACGUUACUGCAAUACACACAUCCCCCCCCGAUGGUUUGGAGAUGAAUGUGACAGAUAACCUACUCUCUCUGCCUGUGUGUUGACACGGAGGAUACACAAGAGCGACAUGAAAGUUAAACGGGUGAAAACUGACGGUUUGUGGUUAGGCAACUGGAGGGAGAGAAGCAGUGAGAAUGUAUAGCUGUGACGUAGAUUCAGGUGGGGCAGCUCUCAAAACUAUCCUGUUUUAAACACACACACACACACACACACACACACCGCACACACACGCACACACACGUAAUAUAGUUGCAUAGGGUUUCAGUGAAAAGCAUUUUACACGUCGGCUCCUCAUGUGGAAAUCAAAGUGUGCAGCUUCACAGUAGCAUGGAUCAUUUCUUGAGGUGUGUCUCUUAGUGUUUCCAAGGCAGUGCACCUCAGAGAGUUUAAAGUCACUUUAUGAGGAUGUUUUUAAUCAGUGUUACUAUCAUAUGACCAUUACGACAAAGGCCCACACUGCAGCUUAAGCCCUUCCCGGUUUGGGUGUCUCAUUGUCACAUGACACCCUAGUUCUGCCCUGUAGUCUUCCUUCCUGGUUGUUGGUGGUUCACAGUUUGCCCCCAUUCUGAAUCCUAAAUCCAGCCACUUUAGCGCUUUAGUGUUGUUUUUUGCAGUUUCCUUUGGCUUCUUUCGAGUUUUCUCUUAACCAUAAAAUUCAAAUCAAGUGCACACCCGAGGCCCCCUGAGUGAUAUUGCAGGGGAUGGAAAGUAUUUCUCGACAGCCACCCUCUGCCUGCCCUGCUAUCUCUACUCUCACAGUGUGUUGUUGUGUCUCACAUCCAGUGCACUGCAAUGCUCCGGGCCCCCGCCGCCUUCAACCACUUGAUCCACACGCCCAGACUGUUUCAGAGGUUCAUCUUUAGCCCGUUUACUUUAGCUUGUAAAUGUUUGUCUUUUUAUUGCCUAUUUGAAUGUUUCCCAUGCAGUGUAUCUUCUGUUUGUCCUCCGAUGUGUGUGGAAUUGUUCAAUAAACCGUGUGAACAGAG